CCAAGUUCUAACGCACAUGGCUAUCAAGCCCCAACAGAGCUAGGACAGCAGCCUCAGAAUAUGUACUUGCCGGGAGCAAGACAAGAUGUGUACCUGAUGCACUAUAACAUGAUGAAGCCUGCCUAUGAUGGCGUACAAGAAGACAAAGAGAAUGAUGUUCAUAAGAGACAAGAUGAACCAGAAAGAAAGGGAGAUCUGGAGAUGGCAAACCUUAAUGGUGAUCAAAAAGUUGAAGGAAUAGUUAAACAAGCCAAUGAUGGAGAGAGGAAAAGUGAAGAAGAUUAAUACAGAUGGGUUUUUUAGAAAGGAUAAUAU